CGAGAUCAAACCGGCCGAUCAUCAAUAUCGACAAGCACUUGUUCAGCGACAGUCACGAAAAUCGACGUGAGUAAUAUAAUAUGGUUUGCAUCAUGGAGCGAUUUCCACUCCUGAAACUGGUUCCUCCCCUUUCAAGAACUAGGAGAAAUCGCAUCCGACGACAUCAAAUUAAGAAUGCAGGUUAAUUACCCUGAAUUCACAUUAAGAACAAUAGACAAA